CCCGACAGGCUCCGCGCGCUUUACGCGCCAGCUUUGGCCUUAGCCUGCGAGCUGCGGAGUCGCGACGGACUAUGGAGAACAGCUACGAGGAAAGCAUCGACAAACGCCGCGUUCACCUGCGCCCUGAUACACUGCGCGACCCCGCCCCCGUCUCGCUGCACCUUCUGCCCUGCGAGGUCCCGGUUAACCGGCCCACCCCGGUGGGGCGCUUCUUCACCCCAGCCAUCCGCCUGGGUCCCGACGGACUGGAAGCAUCGUUUCGGGGGCGUAGUCUACGUGGCGAGGAGGUGGUGGUGCCCCCCGGCUUCGUGGGAUAUGUGAUGACAGAAGAGAAGGCAGAGGUGUUGGUGGGGAAGCAGAAUGACCGCGAGCGAGAAGAGCAGGAACUGGUGGUACCCCCAGAGGCGCUGGAGCGGGACUUCGGCCGCUUUAUGGGAGCCACAGCCAGUUUCAGCAGCUUCACCGUGUGGGGCCUGGAAUCUGUCCCUGGUCCGGAUGCCAAACUGCGUGGGGCCCUAAGCUGGCCCAGCCUCGCUGCAGCGGGCCCUGAGAUGUCUCCACUAUUUCUAGAAGCCCUUCUUCACCCUCAGUCAUCACAAGCCUUGUGUUGGAGUGUGGCCUUUCUGCUUUCCCUUUGAUACAUCUUUAUUAGCCAGUCUGACCCUCUUGCCCAGCCUCCUGUGAUUUCCACCAAACAGCCUGGUGUGGAAGACAGAGGCCUCUGCUUCGGAGGCAGGAAGCAGGAAAGAGAGAAGGGGCACACUGGCACUCUCACUCAGCUUUGCUGGGCGGGCACGCAGAGUCCUGACCAAUCAACUGGAGGCCACACUUGCCGCCUCAGUGGCAGGGACUCCUGGCCCCUCCCAGUGAACACCCCCUGCCCUCAGGAGCUGCCUGGACUGGUGCUUCUGGUAUCCUGUCUGCUCCCGCCAGGCACAAUGAGCACAUGUCCUUGGUGGCCCCACACACAUCACGUCUCCACUGGGUCUGAGCUCCAAGGCUUAAGCUGAGUUUCCUAAGCAUCCUCCUGCUCUGCCAGGCAGAGGGCUUCCUGAAGAUGUGACCCCAUCUUGGCAUCUUUCUACCAAUAAAACUCAAGGUAACCCGUGAUCAAAUUAGGCCUCCAUGUCUUCGUCAGGGAGCCAAGGCUCCCUCCUCAUCUCCCAGGUCAGAGCGUGGUUAUUCCAAGGGUGCAGUGAAUGGUGAGGUGAACAGAAUGAGGGAAGGAGGCUGGGCAGUGGAGGGGCCCUUGGAAGCCAGUGCGGAGUUCACAUUUGACAAGGGGCAGAGGCCAGAUCCCCUGUGAGUCAUGUUGAUGUGACAUCCACUGUCCACACGGCUCAGGCAACAAGUGGGGAAAUGAGCCACAGGUCCUUGCCCAGGAACGUGUACAACUGCACAGGACCAGACAGCUGAGCAGGAGUGGCUCACUCGGCUUCUGCCCAUGGCUCUGGGCAGGGGCUGAUGAGUCAGAUUUGGGAACAGCUGAGUGGUGCUCAGCACCGUGGCCAAGGAACUACGAGGGACUGACAGCCUAGUGCAGACAAGCAGGGCAGUCACCCCAGAACUGAGAGAACCCUGGGAGGGUCCCACCUUUAUUUCUGGCCAGUUCUCCUGGUGACUGGGCUGCAAGGACACGGCUGGGAACACAGCAGCCCCAUCCAUCUGUGUGUGCAGCCCCCUGGGGCCUGGGCCAGCCUGCUACCACCCUGGCC